AUGCAACAUGUUCGCGAUAAUCUGGCUGAUCUACCGAUGUUACAGAACUUGCAGAUGGCGAGGCUUUGCGAUAUAGCAGGUACUUCAGCAUGCUCUCACAUGUCUAUCAAAUGACAGUCGUAAAUGAUUGGCAUGACUCCAUGACUUUAGUAGCGUACUCCCCAGAGCAAGCGCCCGCCCUGCAAGCGCGUUUCAGAGAUCGUGGGUUCGAUUCUUGCUACGGACUCGUGUGAAAAGAAUUGCUCUGCCGAAAGUCGUAGCCUUUCUCCGGGUGCUCCGGUUUCCUCCCACAGGGAAAGUUGACAGGGUGGUUAAGAAAGUAAUAUCACAAUUGUUGCAAAGAUAAAAUAAUCUAGGCUGAGAAUAUGCAAUUUAUAGGUAAGCGUAAUACUUGAUGUAAAGUGCAUUUGAUCAUAUCAACAUAAACCUUGCGCCAUAGAAACGCUACUCGUAAUGUCCCAACUGGUAUAUUCUAACUCAAAAUUUCUGGUGGCAAAGGUCGGAUCUUGGUUCGGUUACGGCAGUUGGGACAUUGUAGGAAGUAAUUUCUCGUUAGUGUAUUGGUUCCACCUGGUCCUACAAAUUUGAUGUUAUAAGUCAGAGACAUUGGGUUCGAUCCCCUUUAGAACUUUUUCAGCAAGUGGAGCUGGGGCUGAACACUUUAUAAAGGGGUAAGAGAGAUUCUAGGGGGGUUUAACCCCCUAACCCCCCCCCCCCCAAAGUGAGGAUAUUUAUUUAAACAAUAUUUAGAAACAUUUACCCCAAGAGCUUAGAGCUCAUCGAGGGGGUUCAUGCAAACAUAAAUUACAGUAUUACAUUACAAUUACCACCACAAGUACAGACAAAAAAGGAUCGCUUGGCAAUUGCAUAAACAUCCUAUGCGAAGCGUGCAGAACUACCAAUAUACCAUUGUACUUCAGAAAAAAUUACAGCAUUUACUUCAAAACUUAGAUUUCUUGAACCAUGUAAUAGAAUGUCCACUUGUUGAGAAAUAUUCAAAACGUUCCAUACAUUUCCAGCAAGGUGCAUGACAGAGGUAAGCAUUGAAGCACGCAGAGCAGCAAAGCGAGGGCAAAAUAAUAAAUAAUGAGUUACAUCUUCACUAAGUGCACCACAGAUACAAGAUGGAGAUAGAACACAGUUCAUUGAAAAAAGAUAAUGAUUAAGACCACAAUUGUUUAGUUUUAAUCUUGUGUGUAAGGCCGAAAAAUACCGGUCACCCAGAUAAACCAGUCUAUUGACAGGAGGUAUAUAAAAUUGUUCACGUAAUAAAGCAGUUUUAAAGAGAACAAAUGUUGCAGAUUCUCUCGUGGAUUCAGAAAGAUUAUUCCAUGAAAAAAUUGUAGAAUACAAAAAGGAUUUUUUUGCUUUCUCGGUACGAAUGAAAGGUAAACUUAAAUCAUUCCUAGUCCGAAGCCUAUAUGUAGUUCUUUGGCUUACGUAAACAGGACAAAGAUUAGACAAAUAACUUGGAGCUAAACCUUUAACCAUUUUGUACAAUAAUAACAACUUUUGUAUUUUUCUCCGGUUAUUUAACGUAUGCAGCCCGCAAUCAAUCAACACACUUUCUCUGUGUGUACCUUUCAUUGCUCCAGAAAUUAAUUUUGCUGCAUCAUACUGAAUACUUUCGAGCAGGUCCGGUUCACCUAUUGUACACCCAUCCCAAACAACAUUAGCAUAUUCCAUCUUAGAGCGAACAAGAGUGAGGAUAUUAGCACACACCCUCUUACGAUGUGAUUCCUAAUAUUCUAAUGUCAGAUCUUCUAACAUUUAGUGAACCUUCAUUUUCUUGCAGAUCCUAAAGUGGACGCGAUAUAUGUAUCUCCUGUGGAACUAACCGAUGAUGCUUAUCAAUAUUACUCCAAACUUCUUGCCAUGAAGGCUGGUCGUGAUCCCAAGGAUGAAGCUAUUGAAAAUAGAUACAAAAUUGUCGUCCCUGAUGCCGUGCAUAGGUUUCCUGUAAGUAUUUAUUGAGCAGCUUCAAGAUGGCGAUAUAUAAUGGUGUUAUAAAUAGAGAUAUUGAUAUAAACAAAUGUUCUUUUUUGCGUCAUGUUAACUCAUUGAGUGGCAGCAUUUUCUCCUUGACGAGUAAAAUAGUCUGGCGGUAUACAGAGUAAAAUACUAAAGUAGGACGCAUCAGAGUGCAUUGCUAUUUAAACGCUUAAUUACUCAUUCAAUUUUUCUUGCAGAACCACAAUAUGUGUCUUGCUUCAAUUCUGAAGUAUAGCCCAAAGACUAUUCAAAG